UUUUAAUUCGUGUUAUUAGAAUGUCUGAAUAAUAAGAGGGUGUUAAAAAUCAUAAAAAAUAUAGAAAGGAUAAACCUUGGGAUAAUGAUCCAACAAUAGAUAAAUGGAAGAUACCAGAAAUUCAACCUGGUGAAAUGAAUGGCAGUCUUUUAGCUGAGAGUUCAUUUGCUACUUUAUUCCCAAAAUAUAGAGAGAAGUAUAUUCAAGAAGUGUUUGGAAUGGUUAAGAAAUCAAUGAAGGAUCAUGGAAUAAGAGCUGAGUUAAAUUUAAUGGAAGGAUCUUUGACUGUAAAAACAACAAAUAAAACAUGGGAUCCAUGGGCAAUCAUGAAAGCCAGAGAUAUUAUUAAAUUAUUGGCUAGAAGUGUUCCUGUUUAAUAAUGCUUAAGAUUAUUAGAAGAUGGAACAUUUUGUGAUAUCAUCAAAAUUAGAAGCUAUACAAGAAACAAAGAGAAAUUUGUAAAGAGAAGAUAAAGAUUGAUUGGACCAAAUGGAGCAACAUUGAAAGCAUUAGAGUUAUUAACAGAUUGUUAUAUUAUGGUCUAAGGUAGUACUGUUUCUGUGAUUGGAAAUUGGAAGAAUUUAAAAGUAAUUAUAGUAUUUUAUAUUAGACUGUUCGAAAAGUUGUAGUUGAUACUAUGUAGAAUGUACAUCCAAUUUAUAGCAUUAAAGAACUUAUGAUUAAGAGAGAACUGUCUAAAGAUGAGAAUAUGUAAAAUGAAAAUUGGGAUCGAUUCCUACCUCACUUUAAGAAAUAAAAUUAAAAAAGAAAGAAGGUUAUUAAAAAAAAGAAGGGUACAUCCAUAUUAUUAAUAUUAAAGAAUAUACACCAUUCCCACCUGAGUAACAACCAAGAAAGGAAGAUUUAUUGAUGGCAUCAGGAGAAUACUUUUUGAAUGAGAAAUAAAGAUAGUAAAAGAAAUUGGAGGAGAAAAAGAAAAAGCAAUAAUUGAAGAAAUAACAAAAAAUGAAUUAGGAUGGAGAUUAAGAAGAGGAAUAAGAAUAUGAUUAAUAACAAGGUGAAGAAUAAAUACAGAAAAGUUAACCAUAAGAUAUAGAAGAAAUUAGAGAAUAAAUUUAGAAGAGUGGAAAGUUAAAGAAAGUAAAAUUGUUUUGA